AUGUGCAUGGAGAACCUAGAUUUGAAUUCCCAGGUCGACGCCUUCCCCCACCUCGACGUCUUCCCCAACCAGGAGCAGCUGCAAGCAGAUGGAGGUCGCGGUGGCCAUGGCCUUCCUCCGCUUUGCCCUGGCGGCAAAGGCAGUCUCAGCCACUUUCACCCUCCACGCCCGAGCUCUCAUAGCCGAUCUGGAGCUAGAUCCGGCGGGCGGCCAUCACGAUCUGGUCCGCAAGGGCUUCCAAUGGCCGGAAUCGAUGGUGGUGGCCGCAGGGGAAGGGUGCCCCUCCGCGUUGGCCGUGGAUCCACAUUUGCGGGCACUGCAGAGGAUGUAGACCGCGCCGACGAAAACGAAGAACAAGAUGACAACGACUUUGAUCCACGUUUUCAGUCGGCAUGA